UCAGUCUUCUCUCUGGUCAUGUGUAGUUUACGUACAACUUGGCUUUAUCGUGGUAAAUACGUACAUACAUAACAAUGGAUUAUCUGUCAAGUAGUGUAUACUCUGUAUUAUUAUGGAUUUUUGCGAUUUCACCGGCUUGUGCACAUUACUGUGUAUGGGGAUUGUGUGAAUCAUGGGAAUAUUGCUGCGACGAGAAUGUAUGUUGCAGCUACAAGGAUUAUAACAUCUGGAUGAUCAUAGUAAUCAUCGCUGCGGUUGUAAUAGGAAUGAUAUUAGCUGGCACAUGUUUUUAUUACAAUCUGAAUUGUCUCUACUUUUACUUACGUCAGAGAUAUUAUGGAAUUAAUUCUACAUCAGUGCCAUCAGAGUUUGAAACGGAUGGAAGAUUAAUAAAAGUCUCAUUCUGAGUAAAGAUAUAUAAAUAAUUUUUUAUUGGACCACACUUUAUGAUAGUCUAGUUUUAAACGUAAGUUACAAAGUAAUCACUUGUGUGAUGUAUAUUUCACAAGUGAUAUUAUUGUCUUUAACUUGUUUACAAAAAAAUGUUACAGUAUAUUGAGUAUAUAAAUUGUAAUGUUAUAUAAUA